UAUGUGGUCGUGUGUGUCUGAAAUUGUUCCGAAACAUUUGUUUCUUUUAUCAGGGAAGAAAACGGUAGCUGACAUUGCACUUUGUAUGUUUUGUUUAUCUGGAGUCUUUAAAGACCCGCUGUGGAUAUGUCUCCUCUUCGAAGUCGCAUCAUUGGCGUGUGUAACCAAUGCUUGCAUAUGUCGCCUUCUACACGUAUUUGUAGGGCUCAAAGCACUUCGCCCCAACCUUUUGUACAGGCAGAUUUCCUCAAAGGCGGGCCUCACAGGAAACACCCUGGAGUGACCAAUCUCAAAGUUCAGCGACUACCUGACGAGCUGCAGAAAGGUGCCCUGUACAUAGUAAAAAAUGCCCAAAUCAGUGGCCUGGCUGAGAAGGCCCAAAGACUCUCCAACUUUCUGUGGAGCAGGAAGAGGAAAGUGGAAGACGCACAGCUGAGGGCAAAGGCCAUCACUUUGGAGAACACUAUGCGCGCUGCCACUCCAGUCGGGGAUGGUGGAGAUCUGGACAUGCAGAUCAGGAGGCGUGUCCUGCAUGACUUGAAAAAAUCAACAUACCAUUGGACACCUCUCAGAUAUGAUGAGGAACUAGGAGUGGUGUACAUGGCCUCCAGGUUGGCAGGGGGAUAUGCAGCUGUCAAAAGGGCUAUGCAUGAGAUAAAAAAGAGAGACCCAUCAUUUAUGCCACAAUCCCUUCUGGACUUUGGUUCCGGCCUAGGAGCAGUAGUGUGGGCGUCACAGUCGGUGUGGACAGACUCCUUGAGGGAGAGGGUGUGUGUUGAUACCUCAGGAGCCAUGAACGACCUGGCAGAGCGCCUUCUGAAAGGAGGAGAUGAGGAUGGCAAGCCCCUCAUUGACAAUGUUUAUUUUCGUCAGUUUCUGCCCGUCUCUCCUAAGGUUCAGUUUGACGUAGUGGUGGGGGCAUACAGUUUGUCUGAGCUUGGAACUAGCAAAGAGCGACAAGAAGCUACUCUCACCCUGUGGAGAAAAACAGGCUCUUAUCUGGUACUUGUUGAAAAUGGCACCAUGGACGGUCACAACAUCUUAAUGGAAGCCAGAAACACCAUUCUAAAGCAUCAAGACAAAGUAGUUUAUGACCACAGAAAACCGUCUGUGUUUGCUCCGUGCACACAUGCAUUACCAUGUCCAAAGAUGCAAAGCCUGUCCAUACCAUGCAACUUCCUCCAGCCUUACCAUUCCCUACCACUGACCAAAGGUCAGGACAUUCAUCAGGAGAAGUUCAGCUACCUGGUCAUGUCCAGAACCGGCUCCGUGGGCCAGCUUGCCGCCGGUCAGCCCGCUGCUGAUGCAGAAUCUGAGGAGAUGGAGUGGGGCCGGCUUACAGCACCGGUGAUGCGCAGGCCUCGCAGAGUCCAUUGCCAGCUGUGCUGCUCCGACGGAGAGCUUAGACAGCUCGUGAUCACAGCACGCCUCCACGGCAGAGACACAUACCGCUGUGCACGCAGCAGUGACUGGGGAGAUAGACUACCGAUCACCUCGGCAGGGGAAGAGGAAGAUGAUGAUAUUCCUUUCCAUGAAUGACCAUGAACCCUUAUAUGAACUGUCAAUAAAAUUAACUUAUAAGUACUAAAUCAA